UUGGUCCUGCUGCUUGUGUGUUUGCCGCUGUGCUCUGUGGUCACAGGUCAGAUCAUGACCGGACAGCCCCGGCCCGUGUCCACGCGGAGCGAGAAGGUCUGGAGAGCGGCACGUUUCGCCGUCGGUGAAUUUAACAACGCGCUGUCCCAGCAGCCUUUUACAUACAAGAUCCUCAACGUGACCUCGGCUAAGGUCCAGGUGGUGGCGGGAGUAAACUACAUCAUAGAGGUGCAGCUCGGACGUGUGUGUAAGAGCAGCCUUCUUCAGAAGUGCCAUGGCAAAUCCCACCCUAAGGAGCUUCUCUGCACUUUCACUGUCACAGAAAUCCCUUGGGAAGGCAAACGUUUUGUUUAUCGCAGAAUCUGCAAGCCAUAAAAACAUUACUAAUAAAGUCUACUGGUAUGUAUGCUGACUCAA